AUGUCGGGGGGCGAUCCGCGCUCCUCCGCCGCUGUAUCCUCCGCUGGGGGAUCGAAACCCAGGUUGCCCAAGGCGUACACGGACGACCAGCUCAACUUCCUCCGCGGCCACGUACAGGGCUUCGAGUCCCGCACACGCGGCGCCGUCCGUGGCGAUGCGAAGAAGUUCGCCCUCGAGCGCGCGGACGAGUUUCUGAUGACGUUUGGGAUGCCUGAUGAUUUGCGCGGGACGGAGGAGGCGGAGCCGAGGUUUAGGGAGCAGAUAUAUAAUUGGUAUAAGAAUACGGUGGGGAGGGCGAGGCGCAAGAUGGAGGGGAGGACCAGGGGGAAGGGCGCGGGGACGGGGACGGGGACGAAGGGCGUUGGGGGGAUGGAUAAGAUGAGCGGGAGUCCGGCGGCGACGCACAGUGGGUUGACGUGGAGCCCGAACUUGUCGAGCGCCGUGUCGUACCAUGACCAGACGCAGCAGCACGACUCGCCUGCGUCGCAGGCUGGUCCGUCUGCUGGCCAGCAGCAGCAGCAGCAGCAUGGUGGGCAGCAGCAGCACGGACAGCAUCAGCAGCACGGGCAUACGCAGCAACAGCAGCAUCAACACGGCCAGCAGCAGCAGCAACAGCAGCAACAGCAAUCGCAGUACCACUACCCGUUCCAAACGCACUCCGCGCUCAGCGUCCCCUCGCCCGGCCCGUCCGCGCUCUCGCUCGGCGUCGGCUCGAUGGGCAGCCCCACACCGCCCCUGCGCGACGCGUUCCUCGCGUCGUCCUCUAUCGACGCCGGGACGCUCUCCCAGCUCAUCCAGCAAUACGCGCUAUCCCACCCGUCCGCCGCGCCCGCGACACCGCUCGCGCCCGUCGUGCAGGCGCUGUUCGACGCUGCCACCGCCAUUCUCGCUGGCGCCGGGGGCGGGUCCCACCAUAGCAGCCAUGGUCACGGGCACGGACACGCUCAUUCCCAGCGACAUGGCGGCGGCGCGUCGGGCGGCACGACGUCGUCGUCGAACCUGCACGCGCUGCUCCGGCGGUACGCCGACGCGUGCGCGUUUUUCCCGCCGAACGUCGCGCACGCGGGCGUACACGGCCCCGCGGCCGGCGCACGUGCGCUCUCGAUGGCGCUGCGCACCGCGAGCGUGUGGCGCCCGCCCGGCUUCCCUACGCACAACGCCACCUCGACUUCGUCGCGAGGUUCGCACGGUGUCGGCGUUGGCGUUGGCAAUAUGGAGCGGAUAGCGGCGGACCGGCAGCGCAGGAAGGAUUAUAUCGUGUGGGCGCAGGUGCACGGUGCUGCGCUCGAAGUUGGGAUCGUCGUCGUUCCCGCGCCGCAGGGGAUCGGCUCGGGGACGGGGAAUAGUAACGCGGGUUCGGGUGGUGGGUACGGGGGGUCGACGCCUGGGGGGACGGGAGCGGCGGGCGGGGGGAUGGUGGGCGGGUACGAUGCGGGCGGGAUGCAUGGGGGGAUGCAUGGGGGGAUGGGUGUGGGCGUGGGCGUGGGCGUGGGUGUGGGCGGGGCGAUGGGGAGCAGCAGUCUUGGGGGCGCGAUGAACGGGAGCAUCGGGGGUGCGCUGGGUGUCGUCGGCGGCGGCAGCGGCACGGCGGGAUCGGCUUCCAGCGUCGGGGUGGGUGGUGUGGGGACGGGCGUGAGCGAGCAAGUGUCGAGUUUCUCGGAGAUGAUGGCGCGCGAUGCGGUGUGGGAGGCAGACGAGGUGGAGUGGGUGGCGGGGAUGUGUGUGUUGAGGGCGCUGAUACGCGUGGGCGGGGCGGCGCGCAAGGACGAGUAUGAGCGACUGGUGAGGACGUAUGAGGGGCGGUGGAAGGAGAUUAGGGACGAGGCGAGGCAGGCGCUUGUUACGGAGGUUUUGUUGUCGGCAAAGGAAGAUCUGGCGAGGAUGGACGACGGGCAGCGUAUCUCGUAA